AAACCAACUUCAUCUGGUCAUGUGACUCGGAGGCUGACGUCACGUGAGCUGCGGACCGGAAGUGUGCAGAGAGCUGUCAUGGCGGCGGUGGAGACGAGUCUUCAGUGAGCGGUGGACCUGUGGACGGUUGUUUGAGCCGCUGAGAGUCCGACACACAGACGCUGCUGCCCGGGGAAGAGUCACCGCGACCCGCCGGCAUGAAGUCUGAGUGACGGGGAGACACGAAGAAGAAGUUUGGAGACAGAAGAAGAAGAACAAGCGUCAUCCUCAGCGUCGGUCAUGUCUCUGGGCGAGGCCACGCCGGACUCGGCGCCGUUCCUCUCUGACGACAGCGAGACAGAGGGUCAGGAGGAGCAGGGCAGGGCGGCGGGCCAGCGAGCGCAGGAGGAGCCGGCCAGCGGCGUGUCCAGCGUCCGAGCCCUGCUGACCGUCCUGGUCCUCUGCUUCAUCAACCUGCUCAACUACAUGGACAGGUUCACUGUGGCAGGAGUUCUCCCGGACAUCGAGCAUUAUUUCGCGAUCGAUGACGGGAAGUCCGGUUUACUCCAAACUGUUUUUAUCUGCAGCUACAUGUUCCUGGCUCCGAUCUUCGGUUACCUUGGCGACAGGUACAACAGAAAAAUCAUCAUGAGCGUUGGAAUCACGUUCUGGUCGUUGGUGACGCUCGCCAGCUCCUACACCCCCAAAGAACAUUUCUGGGCCCUGCUGUUAACACGCGGCCUGGUCGGGGUCGGCGAGGCCAGUUACUCCACCAUCGCUCCCACCAUCAUCGCAGACCUCUACGUCAAAGGGAAGAGGACAAACAUGCUGUCCAUCUUUUAUUUCGCCAUCCCCGUGGGCAGUGGCCUCGGAUACAUCGUCGGCUCUCAAGUCAGCAACAUAGCGAAGGACUGGCACUGGGCUCUGCGGGUGACUCCAGCUCUGGGGCUGAUCGCAGUGAUCCUGCUGCUGGUCGUGGUUCAGGAGCCGAACAGAGGCGCCAUCGAGGCUCGACCCGAGCAUCAGCUGCACCGGACCAGCUGGCUGAUGGACCUGCAGGCGCUGAGCAGGAACUGCAGUUUCGUGUUGUCCACCUUCGGCUUCACUGCGGUGGCGUUUGUCACCGGCUCUCUGGCUCUUUGGGCGCCGACGUUCCUCUUGAGAGCUUCUAUCGUCACCGGGGUGAAGGCUCCGUGCACGGAUGCACACUGCGCCUCCUCCGACAGCCUGAUCUUCGGAGCGAUCACCUGCAUCACAGGCGUUCUGGGCGUGGCCAGCGGCGUGCAGCUGAGUCGGCAGUUGAGGAAGAAGACGCCCAGAGCGGAUCCACUGGUCUGUGCCGCCGGUCUGAUGCUCUCUGCACCUUUCCUCUACCUGGCCAUCGUUUUCGCUGAGGCCAGCACCAUCGCCACAUACGUUUUCAUCUUCCUGGGAGAAACGUUCCUGAGCAUGAACUGGGCCAUCGUGGCUGAUAUUCUGCUGUACGUGGUCGUUCCCACUCGACGCGCCACAGCUGAGUCGCUUCAGAUCGUCAUCUCUCAUCUGCUGGGAGACGCUGGGAGUCCCUACCUGAUCGGAGUGGUCUCCGACUACCUGAGGAAGACGGACUCGUUCCUGUGGCAGUUUCGCUCGCUGCAGCUCUCUCUGCUGCUCUGCGCCUUUGUAGCUGUGGUGGGCGGGGCUUUCUUCCUCGCCACCGCCCUCUUCAUCGAAGGAGACCGAGAUCGGGCCGAGAACUACGUGGCUACAGGUGAGACACAGGGAGCGGCUGGCUUCCCUUCAGCCGUAGAGGAGGAGGAUAAUGAUGAUGCAGCCUAGAGCGUCGAGCAGGACGACGAGCCGAUCGUUGUGCCGAGGAGCGGCCGGUCCACUCGGGUCCCGGUGUCCAGCGUUCUGAUCUGAAACCAGACGUCUGUCGUACCGGGGCUUUUUUCGUUUGGUGGGACUGAAAACACUGAAGGGACUGUCUGCCAUGCAGAAACCUUUUUAAAGUUUAUUUUUAAAUCUUUCCCUUUUUUAUAACUUUCCCAGGGACGUGGUCGUCUCAGGAGAUAUUUUUGAAUUCAUUGUGUGGAUCUUCAGCGACUGAGGAACAGAAGCUGCUCUGUUGAUUCACUUUGACUUUUUAUUUGACCCGACCGGUCGAUCUGGGAUCAGAAGUUUAUAUAGACGAUAAACUUUAUUAAUCACUUUUCAUCUGAGCUCGUUUGAAUAACAACACUAACCUUUAAAUGCAGUCAGUUAUUAUCUGUGUACAUUUUUGAAGCUUCAUCACUGAUUUGAAUCCUCGUUCUUCUGUUGGAAUGUUUGAAGUGUUUAACGGAGAUUUUUAAAAUGUAAUUUUAAGAUUUCUUUUGUGUUUGGUGGGAGCUCAUUGACAAAACAUGUUAACGACGGUUAUUUAAAAAACGAACGUUAAUCAAAGCUGUUUAGCCAUUUUACCGUUUCUGUUAAACAAGAAUGAACUUGUUGGACGAUAAAGUGUUUGUGUCGUAUUAACAUGCUCAGGUGGAUUAAUGAUUUUAUCUUUAAAAUAAUAAUUUGCAGCUAAAGUACGGAGGCCCUGAAGGCAAAAACUAAAUCCGCCAGUUUUUCUCUUUCAAAGCGACUUCCCUCUGUAACAUCACGGUCACGUCUUUAAGUCUAGAAAAUGAUUUUACAUGUUGAUAAAGUUUUGUCCCAGAGAUACUUUAGGAAGUUUGAUGACAUCGUAUAAAACCUGUUUUCACAGAUGGAAAAAUAAAAACCCUAGAAAAAUAAUCCUGGCAAAAAAACGAAUUAGUAACAUUUUUUAAAUUUGUUUUCAAAGACGAAAUAUUUUAAUUUUGAAAUUGAUCUUUAAAAAAAUUAAAAAACCCACUUGCCUCUCAGCGCUUCCAUACGAAGGGAAGAAUGAGACCGAACCAUCAUCCGUCAGCUUCAUGUUAUUAAAGGAACAGUUUGAUACGUUAGAAGUCGUCGUGUUUUUAUUGUAGAAACAUUCCGAUCGAAUGUGAAUAUGUCUCGUCCUUUCACUUUGUUUUUCUCCUGCAAAUUUAAUAAAAUACAUUUAGAAAACA